CCCGUAUUUAAAUAGCAUUAUCUAAAUAUCAUCAAUUCAAAAAUGAAUCAAGCUAUCAGAUCAUUUACAGCCAAUCCACUAACAGUUCUCUCGUUUCCUCUUCCAUAUAGAUUUGGCCAAAAAGCUUCAGUAGUUAAAUUUAGGCAGCUGACUUCUCAGUAUAGUCGACCUGAGAAUUCAUCAAGCAUGGAAAGUAAAGAGAAAAAGGACCCCAAUAACCCGCAAGAGAAAUCAGGGGACGUGAUGUCUCAUUCAUUUGGAGAGGGAUAUUCUACGAGGUCUGAUGAAGAAGGGUUUGGUGGGACCUGUGGAAGCAAUCAGUUCCUUCCUAAAGAUGAAUCAGAGAAAGGAAUUCAUGAAAAUCACCCAGCUUAUGACAAGACCCAAGGAAGCGAAGUGAAGGAGAAGGAAAAGGGUCGGCAUCAGACCCAAGCAUCAAACUAGAUGGGGAAAUUGGCUCAGUGUUAACUUUCAUGUAUUCUUGGCUAAGUUUUCGUACAUUAGCAUUCCUCAAUCCAAUGCACUUGGUUGCAUAACUGCAACUCUUUUUUUUACCAUCUCAAUAAUGGAACACGUUUUAUGUUUUUCUUUGAAUAUUUAUAGACAACUUACCAGUUCUAUAUAAGUAGUUGUACAGAGCCAGCUCCUCGAUCUUUCAUUCUUAAUAAAACAAAGACGAGUCAGGAUGAUCCAUAAAUUUUCAGAUA